UUAAUCCUUUGUUUCGGAGCUUAUAUUUGUAUAAAUAAUUGGUCGACAAAUCCCAAACCCAUUUUACCACUUUUGUGGUAGAUAUCGGAUAUCGUCAACUAAGAGACGGAAAUCUCGUUAACUUUGCAGAGAUGACGGGAAUAUGGUUUAUAGUGACAGUACUUGUCUUUGUUUUGAAUCAUGGAAUGGCUACGCAGUCGAUUAUACAAAAUUCCGAUAUGAGAGUAUUUUGCCUGAUGUUUGCAUUACCAGGACGUAAAAAUGGUCCAGAUAUUAACGGGUUCAAGAAUCUAUUCGAUGCCCAACUCGAUAAAGUAGGCAAGAAUGUCUUUGGAAACAUUCCACACAGUAAAAGAAUGGAAGAGGCCGGAAAGAUAUGCACAUUCAUGGACAGUUCUUCCCCAAAAUGUGCUUAUCACAGGAUAGCAACCAUUGGAAACCACAUGAUUGAUGAUCUAAGAAGACUAGAAAGUAGCAUUGGCACCGGAUUCAAAGAUUCGUGGUACAUGUAUACAGUACUUCUAUCGACGUGGUACAUGGAUCGAGUUUUUUUAAGUCUCAACUGUGGCCCAGUGAAUGUCAAUUUGCCUCGUCCAACAUCUCAGUGGGAAUAUAUAGCUAAAUGGAGUAAGCAUCUACUCUCUCGUACAAAUUUCUGCACUUGGUCAAAACCGUUGGACAAAACAAUUGCACAAAAUCUACGUCAAGAAGUGAAGAAGAUUUGCAACUACAGGGAAACAGAGCCUAUUUGUAGACUAGAACCGGUUCUAGACUUUGUAGAUUCAAUGACAAUUCUAUGCGAUAUUGUUCCACAAACCGAAUGGCAAACUAGUUCAACAAACUUUAAGUUCUUUAAAAGUGCAGGAUAUAUCAACUUCUAUAGUAUGAGGGUUAAAAUGCCGCCAAAUAUUGUCAAUCUAUUUGAUACAAGCACAAGAGAAGAAGCUAUCAAAACAGGAAUACUUAGCAUCUUUUUUCAAAUGUAUGACGAUUUUAAAGCAAAUGACUUAUCGCUAGCUGUCAAACUGUUAAAGAUACUUCCCAAAAGUCAGUAUUUACCGUGUGAUUACAAUGCACCUUUUCCAUCAUUCAAAUGGUUGAUUUGCUCAUGCGCUAAGGUAUUUAACGAGCUCCGUUUGUUCCUUCAAACGUAUGGUAAGGCUAACUCCGAUGUUUUACCCCGUAAAUUCUUAGUUUCAAAUAUUGACUUUCGGGAAUACAUAAAAAACUUAAAAGUAUCUCAAAUAAAAGAGCUGGCAGAGAAGAAUGCAGUCAGUCUUCAAGUCGUUGCUAUGGAUAUCAAGAAUGAUGUACAACACCGAUUUCAACAACUGGGAACAUACUUUAAGAAAGUAGCUACGUACCAAAAAGCUAAGCUAAAUGCGGACGUUGGAUAUCUCAAAGGCAGCAUAAAAGAUUAUCAGACGAGAUUUAACAAAUAUGUAGAAGAUAUCAAAGGUAAACUAACAACAUUACUAGGGCUUUACAUUGGUACUGUUUCGGCAGAUUUAGUUCAAGCCGUAGCAAAGAUGGCAAUACGAAUUGCAAUGGCUGGAAAUCCAUUUAAAUGGCUGGCUGGUAGUGGGAAUACUGACGAUAUUUUGGAGUCCGCGACAGAAAUAGCAGAAGCAUCCAGACUUCUAACUCAUGCUAUUCGUAGUGCAGUUAAUUUUGGUAAGCUUGUGGAUUACAGCACUACAAUUGCAAAAAAACUAGCAAAAAAUGAGAAGAUGAUAAAGAAUGCUGGUAAGAUUAUGAAUAAUGCUAUGAAGAUUGUAGAGUCAUCUGAAAAUGGGUUUGAAACAAUACAGUCCAACUUCUUGAGAGACUACAAUGACUAUUCCCCUCAAGUUACAAAAGAUGAUCUUGCUAAACUAGGGUCAUACUGGGAACUAUUUAUUGAAGAGAUAUGCGAGGGUAUUGCUUCCACAAGUAGUAUACAUGCAAAUGCAAUAAGAGGAAUUGCGGGAACAACUGGCAGGUGUCGUGAAGCUAAAAUAACCGCCGCACAAUUGGUAGCAACACAAGAAGAAGUAUACGACAUGCAGUUUGACCUCAUGGAAACAAUGGCAAAUUUAAUGCGAAGCCUCACUCAGAUACAGAGCUCCAAAAUUCUCGGAAAUGGUCCAAAAGCCCAACAUCCAAGUGGUCUAUCCGUCGAUACUAUAAAGACCCUAGUAGCAGUUUCAUCGAUGUCGUACAAUAUUCUACAGACAACUAAUGUUCAAAUGCUGUGUAACAUUUUGGAGUACAAGCAUGGAAGAAAGCCACAGUUAUGUAACGGAUUGGCUACAGAUAUUGAUAAAUUAUUAGCAUUAAGAGACAGCGAAUGUCACGAGGAAUUGAAAUUUAUAACAUUGUCAACAAAAAGGACGAACAAAACUGGCGAUUUUUCUUGGUUAGACCUUUCCCUGUUAUUCCGUGGUGAAACUGUUCCAUUCCAAGUACCAGACGUAAACUGGUGGAUGCAGCAUGGUAAACUUUUACCAUCACAAAGAGAUUAUAGCUUUUAUCUGGCUGGGUUUGAAAUUUAUAUGCCUUUUGUUAGCGAUGACGCUCGUCCGGUACUUGUUCAAGUCAAACCAACGAACGUCGACAAUAAAUUGUUUAAAGAUUCUAAGACGAACUACAUAAUAUCACCACUCAAACCAAUUUCUGACCGACUCAAGAUAUCCUACAUAGAAGGUCGAGGUACCGUUUGCCGUCAGCAAGGAAUACCUAAUCCGUACCAACAAUGUGGCGGGAACCAAAGAUCAUCAUUUCAACAGAUAUGCCCUAGUUCAUUAAGCAAAGAAGACGACAGUGUACUGCUACCGUCUAUUUACUCAAAGUUUAAUUUGCGAGUCGAAGGAUAUGAGCAACUUAAUCUAGAUAAACCAGUCACCGAUGUUCCUCUAAAAAUUGGCAUCAAGUUCUGCUCUGUUGAUCCAUCUCGACCUUUGCAACGGCGGAAAAGAGAAAUCUCAAGCAUACGCAGACAGAGAUCAAAUGGAGAUUGUUGUCCUCAGAACAAACAGUAUUACUCAGAAAUGACAAAACAAUGUGAAUCUUGUCCUGUUGGGUCACAGAGUUACUACAAUGGACUGUUUUGUGGUAAACUUAUCAACAUACGUUUCUCUGGUAGCAUUACUGAAACCUUCACCUAUGCUAAGGCGGUCAAUCUUUGCAAGCAGAGUGGUUCCAAUAUUGCAUCGACACAACUGUUCGCACAGGCGCGUCAAUUAGGUCAGACGUCAUGUGUGUGUGCCUGGUUAGAAGGAUCCCGUGUUGAUUCGCUUACCACUAAAAACAACUGUGUAAACAAAACGGCUUGUUCGACUUCGGGAAAUAUCAAAUUCGUUCAUUGCACAACCAACUUUUCCCAUUAAAAGUUUGCAUGAUUCACGCAUAGAAAUAUGUCCUAUAUAUCACAAGUUCUUCUUCUUUUUUAAUGGACUAGCUGAUAAAAUUGAAAAAAAAAUGUAUUAAUGUAUUUAAGUACGCAUAUUGAAAUGUGUUACAAUACUUAAAGUAUAGACGUUGACAAACUUAAUCACUGCAAUUCAGGAAAAUUGUUCCUUUGAUUUUCGCAUAUGUUUUUAGUCGAAAUGUAUAAACAAAUCUUACAGGUAAAAUUCUUUCAAAAUUGAUGUAAUUCCUCUUAAAUCUAUGAUUAAUAAGUAUAUUUUCAUACGUAACUCUUGUUUAAUCGUAAUUGGGAAGAAGUGAGACAAGCAAUUUUCUCACAAGGGCAAAAUUAAACAAAAAAGUUUAUUACAAAGAAUUAAUGAAUGGAGAUAUAUGUCAACAAAUCAACGAUAACUUUAACAAUAAUAACGAUUUGUUAGUCAGUCACAAAAUAAUUAGGAAGCUUUUUAAAAAGUAAAUUAUUUCAUGCAUUGCAGGCGUAGUUGAAUAUUUGGAAUCAAUAUAGAAAAGAAUUGGGUAAAACGUAGGUUAAAAAACUGAACAAAACUGUUAAAACAUAUCUAGAUUAUGUGGUAUAAGAAAUGCAUACAUCUGAGACAUUCAUACACCGUGCAAUAAUUUGGAAAAGUUAUUCGCUUUGAAGCAUUGUAAAUAGCUUGACCAUUUUGUAUCCCUUUUUAGACUGCGCUCAUAUUAAUAUUUUACUUCUAAAAACAGAAUAUGUACAAUAUUAAUCUACGCCUCUGGCAUCAGAUGAUUAAGAUGGAAACUAAUUAAGGAUUUAUUGCUAGAACAUGAUUUCUAUUUCUGUAAUAAAAUAUAUAUAUCUGCAAAAA